CCAACAAGAAACAAAAUCUUUAUUUCAACUCGAGGUUUCCUUCAAAGAAGAGUUUCAUUUCCAUUUCAUUUCCCAUCUUCCUGUUCCUCGUAAGGGUUUAAGAUGUCUUGUCGUGAUGAGCACGAUGACCAUGGUGGCCAUGGCCAUGACCACCAUCACGAACACGAACAUGACCAUACAGAUGACAUCACACCAGCUCUACAGUUCAGCUUAUUUCAACAUAUCAACUUCGACGGGGUCGUCACCAUGAACGAGGCAGAACAAGACUCUGGAAAAGCUGUACUAAAGAAGACGUGGGCUGAACGUUUAGAGCCGGAGCCUGAACUCGAGAGCGAUGCGGAUGAGCAGAUCCUUAUGACAGUCCCGUUCACGGGGCAAGUCAAACUACAUUCCAUCCUCCUCCGCACAUCCCCAUCACUCAGCGCGCCACGCAAUCUCAAACUCUUCAUCAACCGCGACGACAUGGACUUCGGUACCGCGGAGGAGCUCCCGCCAACCCAAAUCCUAGAGCUAUCCCAGACCUCUGACGUGCAAGAGUUGCCCGUGCGUCGCGCGCUGUUCAGCAAGGUACGGCAUCUAUCGCUAUUUUUCGAAGACAACUUCGGGGAUGGCGAUGAAGAAACUACGAGGAUUAGUUAUAUCGGGUUCAAGGGCGAGUGGAUGCAGCUCGGGCGGGCGCCGUCGCAGAUAUUGUACGAGGCGGCGCCGAACCCGAAUGAUCACGCGGUGAAGGGAGCGGAUGUGCAUCGCAUGGGCGAUGUUAUGAAGCGAGGGUCUUAAGGGUUUCGGUAGGUAACGAAGGAAGGUUUAAGUAAAUGGGUAGGUGUGGUCAAAACGGGGUUAUCAAGUAGACAUUUCAGUUCGGCUAGCAGGGCCUAUUGGCAUCGACAUGUCAUCGCGAGGUCUUGUAUUGUUUUCUCAUAUGGCAGUUCAUGUUGUCACA